AUGGCGUUCUCAUUCUCCUUCGCCGGCGACGACAUAGAGGAGGACCAUCAAGCUCCCGCACCCCCACCUCCAUCUCCGCCCUCUGGGAACAGUGCGUCAGGACCAUCACCAGCAACAGCGGGUGCGUUCCCCGUCCAAGGCAAGCCGCUGCUCCCGCCGACGCAGCAUAACCCGGAAGAGUUCCUCUCCAAGUUGCCGUCCAAGAUCGCCUUCGGUCUGCUGGACGUCGAUCUUGGAGAUGGUCGCGUCAUCCAACUGCCCCGGCGGGAGCUAUGGGAUGUGCGUGUCCAGCUGAUGGCUGAGGAGAACACCGAGAAUCCCUCUGAGUCGGAGGCCGCCCUCGGGGAACACGACGUCAAGACGGGUAUCUACGAAGGCGGCUUCAAGAGCUGGGAGAGCAGUGUCGAUUUGGUCAAGGUGCUCGCCAGCGAGAGAGCCGCCGAUCUAUUGGCACAAGACCCUUGCGUCUUGAUUGAGCUGGGCUGCGGCACAGCGCUGCCUUCUCUCGCUCUCUUUCAAUGGGCCUUGACAGAGAGGAAGUCCGAGCAGAACCAGCCAUUGAUGCUCGCACUUGCAGACUACAACCCGACCGUUCUCUCUCUCGUGACGCUCCCCAAUUUGGUCCUUGCAUGGGCGCUGCAGCAGAGGAACGAGAACGCCGUCCUCAAUGAGGCCUUCACUCCAGACGGAGAAUUGGAACUGACGCCCGAAGUCCUGGAGGCCUUCAAGCAAUCGCUUUCGUCGAAGCAGAUUACCCUCUCGUUUCUCUCAGGCGCUUGGUCUUCCGAGUUUGUGGACCUCCUUUACCGCUCCGGCGUCCCCGCGAACCUUCCCGCCACUACCAAGACGCUGCUGCUCGGCUCCGAGACCAUUUACUCCCCAUUUGCGCUCGAAAGCUUCGGGAGCACGCUCCUCUCAAUCCUUCAGCGCGAGCGCGCCGAGCGUUCAAGUGGCGGCGGGGCUAGGGCACUCGUUGCCGCGAAGAGGCUCUACUUCGGCGUCGGGGGCUCGCUGGACGACUUCGUCGAUAAGAUGCGUGGGCUUGGAGCUUCCGUUAAGACGCUGUCCGAGGAAACACAGGGCGUACACCGCGGUGUUGUCGAGUGCUUGCUCUCAUGA